UCUCUUCUUCAUGUUCUUGUAGAGAUAAGUUCUCAUUAAUUUUUAUAAUGAAUUUAGUAGCCAACCCCUCAUGGUGUUCUCAAACUGCUGAGCUUUUGUUCCAAGAAGUACUAGCCAGCAAUGUAACUUUCAGUAAUGUUCUCUUGGCCCAUAGCCAAGAAGCCAUAGCCAUACCCAGAGUUCUUGGUCAAAAAGCUACUAAUUAUAUUGAAUUUGAAAAACUUAACCAGUCAUUCAUGGAGCUUUUUAUGAAUGAAAGAAUAAAUGAAAGUGAUGACAAUACAGAUCUCAUCUUGCAACUACCAGAUGGAAAACUACAUGUUCACAAAACAAUUUUUUGUAAAGUGUCAUCAUACUUCAAGUCCAUGCUUGGGCACAGCUGUAAAGAGCAGUGUAGCAAUGUAGUGAAUCUGAAGGAUGUGGACCUCUUACCCAUGAUGCUCACGGUGCAAUAUAUAUACAUUGGCUCAGCAUGCCUCACUGAUGAGACGGUAUUGGACGUAAUGGCCCUGGCUGAUUACUUUAAUAUUCCAUCUCUGUUCAGGCUAUGCUCUUACUAUGCUCAGCGCAACAUAUGUGCCAGGAGCUGUGUGUCAGUGCACACUGCUGCAGUGUCUUACAAUGACCGCGAUCUUGCUCGGUAUGCAAUGUCAUAUGCUGCAAGACAUGCCCACCUACUGCUGGCUGACGUAGACAAUUGUUUACUACACGCACCACCUGCCUGCCUACAACAAUUGUUCAGCCACCCUCUCUUAAUAAGAGAUGAACGUGUGUCACAUUUUAAAAUUAUUGAGGCGGUGAAGGCAUGGGCUGAUCAUGAUCCAUCGGUGAGGUACAGUUACAUCACCACGAUCCUGUCAGUGCCAGAACUCUGCUGCCUUCUGCAUCAUCAUCCAAGAUUAGCUGGAGUCCUCACGCUCCAUCCAGACUCUAACCUCCCACUGAACUCCUUCCACUCUUUUGAUAAUGCAAGGCUACAGCAAGAAAUUGAAACUAUUGAGGUGUUGUUUGUGGUGGGUGGAGAAGAGUGUGGCCGCCUCUGCAAGUCUGUUGAAUGUUACAACACCGCCAACCCCAAAUCCCCUAGGGAUAAUAAAUGGAGUUUCAUGUAUUCUAUAUGCGAUAGAGAAAAUAGCCUACCGCAGAGAAAUGUAGAGUGCGAGUUAGCCAAGUUGAGAUUUUAUUCCCCAAUUUCCUUGGAAACUGUUAACAAAAUGGAGAAAAAUACAAAAUCUAGCCCAGACUGCCAUUCCCUCAACAUGAUAAAUUCAACAUGGUUUCACGAGCCUGAGAACAUCAAUGUGCUUGUGGAUUCUGAACCUAAAUCUUUCAAUGUUAAAGACCCUGACUUAUCUAAGCUUCUUGAUAGCUCAUAUAACAGCUAUGUUGGACUUUUACGAGACAUGGCAUCAAGCAAGCGACCUGCCUCUAGGUUGUCCUCUAGACAUGUUGUUAAGCGAACCAUUGCUACUAUUGAAGCUCGGCAGUAUGCGGCUGUGGUAACCUUGGAGGCAUCAAACACAAUGGUUGUCAUAGGUGGUCUUGAUGACUGCAGAUCUGCAUCAGCAUGUGUGUCUCAGUUCUGGCCAGAUGAUAACAGCUGGUCCCAGCUGCCGCUGCUGCCCUCUGCGCUCUACGGAUGCAGCGCUGCCGUCAUCAAUGAUGACAUAUACUGCGCUGGCGGGGCGAACUGUAUUGGAUUCUCCAAUAGUUUCUCACGACUGCCCUAUAACAGUGCCUCCUGGGAGGUGCUGCCUCCCGUGCCCCUGGUGAAAGGCCCGUGCUAUGCUGCGGCCGCCGUAAUUAACGGCUGCUUCGUCCUGUUGGGUGGCCUCGUCCGCAGUGGCGCCCUCACCUCCUUCAGCAGCUCCUGCUGGCGAUAUGACCCUGCCACACGGCGAUGGAGAAGAAUGGCAAGUUUGCCUGUGCGCUGCGCGUAUCACUGCGCGGCUGUGCUUGGUCAGCAGCUCUACGUUAUGGGCGGCUACGAUGGCACCCGGUGGCUGAACAGUGUCCAUCGCUACAACCAACAUACGGACUCCUGGACCCAGGUGCAAGGGAUGCUGACGCCACGCAGCAGCUUCGCGGUGAGCGUGUCGGAGGGCAGUAUGCACGUCAUGGGAGGCUUCAACGGCCACCGUCCUACCAACGAGGUGGAGGUUUUCAGACUGGGCUCGGAAAGCUGGCACACGCGUCCCAGCAUGCAGGUGCCCAGGGUGGGCGCUGGGGCGGCCACGCUACGUCUCUCGUGCUGGGGCAAGAGGGAUGACGACGCUGAAGAACACGUCGAUCUCACCUGAAAUUCUCUUAUUAACAAUACAUGUUUUUUAUUGUUACUUGUGUCGCUUAAUUUUCGUAUAUUAACCCGAGUGAUGUCUUAGUUUUUAAAGAAAGAAUUUUAUUAUUUUGUUGCUUAUGCUGUCUUAAGUAUGAUUAACUUGAUCGUUACAUAAUGCUGAACUGAAAUUGAUCAAUUAUUUGACGAAGAAAAUUGAUUCUUAAAUGUAAAACGAAACCCCAGUACGUUCUUAAUUUAUUCGUGGUACAGAUUAUUGGCUAUUAAUGUACACGUUUUCUACCGUGUUGUAAUCUUCACAUCGAGGAACGAGCAUUUCUCGUUCUCACUAACGUUUUAAUCAUUACUUCGUUUAUGAUAUGUUUUAUGUAUAAGGUUUAUGUGUUGCGGAUAUUAUACCACCUCUCUAGCAUUAUACAUAUUUUAUUUUUCUGCGAGAAUUAUCAAAUUUAUUGAUAUCCAUUCGUGUCCGUGCUUUAUUUGAAUUUCAAUUGUUCUUUUGUUCCUAAUUCUUUUUGCGAUGUUGGUCAAAUUUUUAUAUGUUAAGUCGUCUAGUGGUUAAUUUUACCCUUCCUGA